AUGCUUCUGCUGCAGGUCCCAGGCCAGUUCCUGUCUCUGUUCUACACUGACCGUUUGGGUCUUUACCCACAUGUGGACCUCUCUAGCGGGAAACAGUUCAAUGGCGGCAUCCCUCAGAGAAGUAACCUAAAAGCCAGUAUGAACAAGGCCAGAGCAGAUAUUAACUAUUACAUCCCAUCCAAGACAAGCCGAGGCUUGGCAGUGAUAGACUGGGAGGAAUGGCGCCCCCUAUGGGACAGGAACUGGGGCACUAAGAAAAUCUACCAGACUUUAUCUGUGGCCCAUGUUAUGCAGACAGACCACUUCCUCCCAAUGCAGCAGGCCACAGAGAAAGCCAAACAACAGUUCCAGGUAGCAGCUAAAAGUUUCAUGUCAGGGAUGUUGGCAAUAGGCAGAGCUAUGAGACCCAACUAUCACUGGGGCUUCUAUCUAUUUCCUAACUGUUACAAUUAUGGUUGGGAGAAGCCAGACUACACAGGCCAGUGCUCCAAGGAGGUGAGAAGGCAGAAUGAUGAGCUGCUCUGGCUGUGGGCGUCCAGCACUGCCCUCUACCCCUCCGCCUACCUGCAGGUCUCUCUGGCAGACAAUCCCAGAGCCGCCCUGAUGGUCAGAAACCGUGUGCAGGAAGCUUUGAGAGUAUCUGCCCUGCCCAGACGGAGUGGCACUACUGCACCCGUGUUUGUUUACAUGCGACCUGUCUUUGUCGACCAGAACAGACGCUUCCUCAGCCAGGUAGACUUGGUCAGCACCAUUGGCGAGAGUGCAGCCGUGGGAGCGUCUGGCGCUGUGCUGUGGGGGGCCAGCGCUGACUAUGAUGACCAGACUUCUUGUGAAGCUCUCUCAUCCUACCUCUCCUCCACCCUCAACCUCUACAUUACCAAUGUCACUGUAGCCGCCCAGCUGUGCAGCAGCUUCCUGUGUCGAGGGAAUGGCCGCUGUGUCCGAAAAAACUACAACUCCAAUCACUACCUCCACCUAAACCCUGAGAAUUUCAGGGUCAUGCACGUUCAGAACCGCUACCUUGUCCUAGGGAGACCGACCAUCGCAGACCUGAAGACACUGAGCAGAAGAUUUACCUGUCAGUGCUACAAAGGACUGAGCUGCUCUCCCAGGACAUACGGAGAGCUCGCCAAGGCCCUGAUGUUUAGUGUGAAGCAAAGGCUGUACCAAAAGGCUCACACUCUGCAUAAAGCCACGUUGGAUGAUACGCAACAAGACAGUAUCACAAAAGACAAUGUUAAAAAGAACUUGAAAGUUUAG